CAUCGUGCGGGUAGUACGAGUACGAUUCAGACGUUCGCUUUCACCGUUCGAAGAUUGAAAGACAGGUGUAUUCGAUCGUAUAACGAGGCCUCUGUCUCUCCCAAGCUGCUUUAGUCACACCGACCAUCCAUGGUUUCGUACGUGCUAGAGAAAGUCGAUCGUCACGAGAGUCCAUAUAAUUAUCUGUCGAGAAGUAAGAUCAUUCUCCAUUUCCCCUCAAUUGGUAUUUCCACUCAUUAGAAAGCUUCAGUCUAAAUUAAUUGGACACGCCUCCCUUCCACUCAUCUCGCUUCGUUGAAGUUACCUACAAGCAAUGAGUAUUAACAAUGACACGGUAGAAAAUGCCGAACAGAAACAUAAGGACACGCCAGCGGAAUACGCCGGAGACGACUCGACUGACGAGAUCGACGACGAGCAGCUAGAAGAAUACAAAGAAAUGGUAGAGGAUCUCGGCACUCGAGCAGAAAAAGUAAAAAUCAACACGCUUUCGAUGGUGGCUGAAGAUUACGCGGAUAGCUCCAGAAAUGCGAAAGCAAUUUACAACAUUAUUCGUGAACCUCUCAUCUCGACCGCUGUUCACAGCGACCGCAAGUUACCAUUGGUCUAUCUCGUAGACUCCAUAUUAUACAACGUGAAGGGACAAUUUAUACCACUUGUAGAAAAUGACGCAGCAAAUUGGCUCCCAUCGGUUUAUCAAGUCUUGUCACAGGAGAAUCGUGCAAAACUGGAAAAAAUAUGGAAUCUUUGGAACAGCAGGAAGAUUUUUGCCCAAGACAAGCUUGAAGAAAUAGGAAGCUUCUUUACUUCGAGUGGUGCCGUGGGCAAUUCUGAUCUAGAGAAAGCAGGAUUGAGCAUUGGGGUACGUCUACUGCAGCUUUUUCUGAUGACUGUUUGCUUUGAUAGCAUGAAUAUGAAUAAAGGACUUMUUGUUAUUAAUAAUUUACCAUCUUCUGUUCAAACAAAUAACUCGAUAUCGGCACUUCGGGUUUUAUCUAUCGAGCCAUUCGUGUGAUUUUUCUUCAACUGAUAUUUCCACUAACUCURUUUUACAUCACUUUCUCGACUCCUAACAACAGAAGGACGGAAGACUCAGUUUGGUACCUGCGCUUCGUGAUGCCAUGCAAAAAAUAUUGGACGAGAUGCAACAAGACGAAGACGAAAUGGAAAAAGUUUCAUUGGAGCGAUUAGCAGCUAUCAAUGUUAAUCUGCUGAUACAAAUAAAAGAUAUGGCUGAAACCUCACUGAGGAAUGGAUCGGGAAACACGCAAAAAUCUUCUGGCGGUGGAAAUGGGGAGACGUCUGAGUCGCUAUUGAAAGCAACGAACAACGGGUUUUUAUUUUUGACUGAGACUAGAAGCCCGGAAAUGCUGGAGCGGAGUAAGCAGUGGGCGAAAGUAAACUUGGCCAAGAACGCCAAAGAACCUCGCGAUGCCAUUGCAUCACUUCAUCGCUUGGUAAGGGAGUCCGCAAACAUCGAAAAGCGGUACACGCAAAUCGAAGCUAUUGAGAUGACCGGUGCAUUAGCCACAGUAUCUGUUACCGCUACUUUAUUAACAAAUAAGCUGCAGCAAAUUAAGGACGAUUUGGAAAGUCAGAUUGCAAAAUCCAAGAUAUCGUUGUCAGGUUACUCUGGCCUUAAUGGCAUGUCCGSCACUCUAGCUCCGAGCUAUUUCAAGAUCGACAGAUCCCUAUUCACAAACGACGGAAUAAAGAAACUAAACGAAGCAAUUAUUGGAUUGCUAUACGAAGUUGGAUUGCCCUUUUUGAGUAAUGAUGGACGUAGGUUUGCAACGCAACAGGAAGUGACAAAGCACAUGGAUGCAUUGUUCAGAAAAAAACAACUCGAAAAAAGUAUGACAGCAACUCAGGAGCGUGGGUGGUAUGACAACGAUAGCUUAUGGAGCAUGGUAGGAAAAUCUAAAGAAGCCUCGACCGAUCCUGAGGAUGGUGAUGGAACCGGAGUGGUGGGUGGGGAUGAUGAUGCCGAUCCGGAUACCUUUACAAUGCCAGCUGACGAGACGAGAGAUCGAUGCGUUAUUUGUGGUAUCAAUUUUAAGAUGUUCUUCGACAAUGACGAUGGUAUUUAUAAGUACAGCAACUGCAGAGAAAUUGAAGUUCUUAUGGAUGAAGCAGCUGCCAAAGACACCGAGAAUACACUAGUUCAUAUAACUUGUUGGAGAAACCUCGGAUCCCCGGAUAUUGUGACUGCUGACCAGACGCUACAAGAUUCUAGAAUAGUGCCUUAUGCCAGUGGUUUCUAGACAGAAGUUAACCGGGCUGGGAGUAAAUGGGAUUGAAAAAUUAUGUCACGUAGUAAUAGCUUUCGUUGGCCUCUAUUCCAAUAUUAUGGCAUUUUUGCGUGGAAAGCUAGUUAUCCUCAAGAUAUAAUACCUGU